AUGGGGAGAGGAAAGAUAGAGAUAAAAAGGAUAGAAAACACAAGCAACAGACAAGUGACAUACUCAAAAAGAAAAAAUGGAAUCAUUAAAAAAGCUAAAGAAAUAACUGUUCUUUGUGAUGCUAAUGUUUCCCUUGUUAUCUAUGGAUCUUCUGGCAAAAUGUAUGAAUAUUGCGCCCCAAAACCAAGUAUCUUGAUUGACAUGUUGGAUAAAUAUCAAAGGCUUUCUGGGAACAAGUUGUGGGAUGCUAAACAUGAAAAUCGGCAGAAUGAAAUUGAUAGAAUCAAGAAAGAGAAUGAAAGUAUGCAAAUUGAGCUUAGGCAUUUGAAAGGGGAAGAUAUAACAUCUUUGACCUAUGAAGAAUUAAUUGGUUAUGAAGAUGCACUUGAGAAUGGACUUACUAACAUUCGAGAUAAAAAGGACGAGAUCCCCAAAAUCAUGAAGAAGCGUGAGCAAUUUCUGGAGGACGAAAAUAAGCACCUCAUGUUGUUGGUGCAACAAAGUGAAAUGGCAGCCAUGGGAGAAUACCAAAACCAUGAGCCAUUUUCGUUUCGUGUCCAGCCAAUGCAGCCAAACUUGCACGAGAGGAUGUAAUCUCAUU